AUGAAAGACAUCCUCGACCUGUUGACAGAUGACAGGAUUGUUAACUAUGGCUUAGUGGCCAUUAGCUGUGUACUUCUGUUCAAUUUGUUUGUAUGGGGAUGUUUGAGUUUCAUCAUUGUUAUUAUUGCGAUAGCUUGUGGAUAUUACAUGUUUGAUUAUGCCCUUAAAAACCAAAAUUUAAAUACCACCUUUGGAUCAGAUAAUAUAUCUGAUAAGACUAAAAUAUAUAAGUGUAAUAAUUGCAAAAACUGUAUUUCAUGUGAGAUACAUUUAAAAUGUCUAAAUCAAGAUACACCGUGGAAAGGAUUGUUAAUACCGGAACAAAUUGAUUCUUCAAUAGAUAAAUUAUUAUCAAAAAUCAUAAAGGUAUAUAUAGAAAAUUGGUAUGAUAAUAUUUCAAAUGAUCCACAUUUUAUAAAGGAAAUUAAGCAAGUUAUACGAUUUGCAACAAGUGUAUUGCUUAAAAGAUUUUUACAAUUGGAUUUAGAAGAUAUUGUGCUGUAUAAAGUAAUUCCAAUAUGUUUAUCCCAUAUAAGGGACUGCCAAAGAAUGGAAAAGGGUGAAACAAUUGCAUAUCAUUAUGCCAUCAGUAAUCGUAAAGUUGAGAUUAUGUACCUUAAAAAAGUAUCUUCAAGUUUACUGCCAUUCAUAAUACGACAAACUGAUCUUCAAUGCACGAUAUUUUAUACUUUAGUUCGAGAACUUCUUUCACUUUGGGUAUUAUUACCAAUAUCUGAUGUAAUAUGUAACCCAACCAACAUUGCUUUAACUUGGUCAAAAUUAUCCAAAUCAUCAAUUAUUUCAACAACUGCGACAUGUAAAGAUAAACAAGUUGAAUUUUUAUCAAAGUUUAUAGCUGAAAAUCAAAAUGAUCCUGUACAACUUGAAAUGCGUAGUAUAUUUAAAGAUUCAACUAUUUUAUCUGCAUUUACAGCUUUUUUGAAACGAAAAGGUGCUGUGCAUUUGUUACAAUUCUGUUUAGAUGUUGAUCAGUUUAACAAGCGCAUGUUAAAACCGGAAAUAUCAUCUCAAGAACUUGACAUGCUUUAUAGAGAUGCUUGGGAUAUAUUUUCUGUAUAUUUUAGUUCCCAUUCACCAGAUUGCAUAAGUUUCGAUCCUGAGUUAGUAAGUCAACUAAGAAAAGUUUUAUCCAAAGAUGUUAUUAAACUUCAAAAUUCAAAACCACUAUAUCAAGCCUACGAACAAACAUAUUCUAUCUUACAAAAUAGUUACUGGAUAGAGUUUCAUAAUUCUGAUGAAUAUUUUUCUUGGAUAUGUGGACCACGUAAUAUUCCAGAGGCUGGUUCGUCCCAAGAACCGUCAAAUAAUGAAAAAAAAAAUCAUGCUUCUAAGCUCAGUCGUAAAUUAAAUAGGAUUAAAGGAGCUAUGAAGUCAAGUACUAUAUAUGAUGGUCAAUUUGAUUCUUUAUCUUCUGAAUGUGAUCCAGAGUUUGGAGAAGAUCUAUCUGUGGAUAGUGAAAUCAUUAAUUUUGAAAGAGAUUUAAGCACUUGGAAGGUAACUGAUGUUACAUCAGCUAUGAAGUUAGAAUCUGGAUCCAACGGUGGUCAAUCAUUGGUAUUUUUUAUUACAGUAGAGACAGUUAAAAAUGAUUUAAUCAAACAAUGGUGUGUAGAAAGAAGACUUGCUGACUUUUACACAUUAAAAUCAAAACUAACUGAAUUUCAUGGAGUAUUUGUGGAUGCUCGAUUACCUUCAAGAAGAAUUUUAUUACAAAAAACAGAAAAUAAUGACAUAUAUAUGCAGUUUCUCAAUCAACUAUUACAGAAACCUGAGCUUAAGGGAUCGGAUUUAUUGCAUAUGUUUUUAACGUCUAUAGACAAUUUUGAAGAUUCUGAAUCAGCCAUUGGGAGAUUGUUAAGGAAAUCUAUGCCAAUGGCUUUGAGAAAAGAACGUGGACAAAAUUUAGAAUCGUUCAUUUCUAUUUUUAUGGCUUCAGUUGAAACUAAAUUAAAACAAAGGUAUGAAUGGAAAGAUUUAAGUGAACAUCCUCCUGAAAGGAAAUUUAAAAUUGCUGAAAAUCCUAUUUUUGGUAAUAACUUAAAUAUAAUUAAAGAUGAAAACCAAACAAGGUUAGAAGAAAUAUCAGAACAAAUACAAUUUUCCUACACCCCAAUUAAUUGUAUCAUUUUUUUUGGAGUACAUGUAUACAAUAUGUCAAAUGUUGUUGUCCGAUUAAUUUUGGCUGUACAAUCAAUAUGUGGUAAUAUUGUUGAUUCUAUUAUACAGCGCUACAUCAGUCUUCGUAUUGUAAGAUCAAUUACCCCCUCUAAAAUUUCAAACUUAAUCGAACUAUUAGAAAAUCUUCUAUUUCCCGGUGAUGAUGCACCACAAAAGACUGAUCAUCAAAUUUCAGUUGAACAUUUAAAACUAUUGAAUAAUUCAGUUUUUUUUCCACUGUAUAUGUGUUUGUAUCAAUGUACACAAAAUUCAGUGAUGAAUAAACAAUUAUUCUACAGACUUUUAGAUGUUUUCCUCGCAGAAAUGUUUCCAGAACUACGAACACAACUUAACGAACAAUUAUGA